UCAAAACAUGUUGACUGACGAAUUCACUAGGUUGUUGGAAACUGCAGAAGGAGUGGAAAAGAAAACACCCAAAGAUAAGAAGCACCUUUUGGAGUGUGUCAUACAAAAAUGUAAGAAUAAUUUGGCAAAGAAGGAUGCAUCCACUGUGGAGGCUAGCCAGGAAUAUGCAAAAGCAGUUCUGGAUUAUACAUUCAUCGAUGAAAGUAUAUUGGUUGAUGGAAGCUUCCCAAAAGAUAGCUGGAAGCCAAGAAUUCAUUCAAUUUUUAAUGAUAUUGAUGGAAUAGAAAAUGCAGUGAAAACAUUGAAAGCAGAGAAGGGCAAUAUAGAGGUGGUUGAUGUGCUGGGUCCAGACAUUGUAGAAUGCAUGUUAUGGAGGAAGGGAGCAUUGAUGUACAUGUAUUGUGCCACCAUCCAGGAAGAGCAUAAAGACAGGAUAAAGGAAGACCCUCAGUGUUAUGCAGAGCAAAUUGAAUGUGGCAUAGAAAAUCUACAAAAAAUGCUGUCAAUACGACAUCCUCAUGAAGUACAGAAAGAUGGCAAAGAGAGGGAUGUAGAAACACUUUUUAGUUUGGGUAUAUACAGCGACACGCAUUUACUAGCCAUGAUGUAUGCAAGUGAGCUGUGUUACUGGCAUUCUCAAUUAAAAAAGGACCAUCAAUUUAAUUGUUCCUCAACCCUGGAUGAGAAACAAAUUGGUGCCAAAUAUUUACAAGACUAUAUAAAGGCAGUUAAAGGCCCAUUAUCUGUUCAGGGAUGGUCCUCAGAGAGAGCAGAACAAUUACUAGAUUACUUCUGUAAACAAACGUAAAUAAAUUGUUACAGGAUGUCAUUUGUCAUGUUAUAAAAUUGUAAUAUUUAUAAUGGUUUUAAAUUGCAAGGAAAUCUCAAGAGUAUUGUGUAUGUAUUGAAAUCUUUUGAAGAUUAAAUCCUUGGAACUUGCAUCAUCUUUGAAAACUUUUUAAUAAAAUCUGUUCUAACUCUUAUGCUGGCAUCUUGUCUGAUCUCAUUGAUCACAAGUCAAUUGUAAUGGGGAUAGUCCAUCGUAUCACGUAGCAGAAAUUAGGAUGCAUAACAUUCCAACUAGCACUAAGAAUAAGAAAAUGCUUAUUUAGGCCAUUUGUU